AUACAAUAAAAAGAUACGAAACACCCCAAGCUGACUCUAAGCACUCCCUCUCUGCUCAAACAAUCUUUUUCACCAUUGCAAGCUUUUAGCCCUGCGACCAAAUAAUUUACGGAGUAAUAAACUUAUAAACGGCAAACCCCACACCAGACUUCAAGCACAACUAACGAUGCAGGAAUGAUUUGGUGACGUCGUGCACCUGAUGGUCUCGAGGGUUAAAAACGUGUGCACGGUGGUCAGUGACCAACCCCCUGCAUUGUGAGAACUUUGGAGUUUUGAGUGUGGGUUUAGGCGAGAGCCUGGAUUCCAUUACUCCCAUUAGUAUGAAUUGGAUUAUAUCUAGCAUGCAGAUGGAGUAAGUAUUCAUAUCCAAGAAGCGUACUCUGUCAAACUAUGAGAGCUAAAUACCUUAAAGCAAAAUCAUUAAAGAAAGAAUUUAUGAUUCCCCAGUCUGGAAGAGAAUUGCCAGAAUCAAUAGCUCUGCACCACCCCACGCUACACUCACGGGGACAACUUGGAAAGGGAAGAUGGUAGCUUCUCUCUCGGUAAAGCACAUGACGUUUCCAGAGACCAUAAACCAAAGCAACUCUGCUUUAAUCAAAGCUGGAAUAAAGUCCAAAUUCCUAAAAUUAGUUUCUUCUUGUGGAGAUUUCAUUGGGACAUUCUCCCUUUCCCAAAGAACCUUCAGCGAAAUGGCUUUCACCUGGCUUCUAAAUGUGCACUCAUGAAGGAGAAAUGGAUCAUAGUCUAUACAUACCAAUGUCAAUAUGGAGAUUUUUUGCUGCAAACUUCGAAGCACUAUAGCCUCACCAUUUGAUUGGAUAACACAUCAUUGAAUGGAACCUUUCCCAUAACCCUAACUCGAUUAAGAAUCGAGUAAGAUCAGAAAGAUGCUCCCUGGAAUAACUGUUUGGAAGGAACUCAACACAGUCGCCCAUGACAAUACCAGUCCCAACUAUGCUCGUGUGUAAUCGGCGAUUACCAGAACGCUCUUUGACUGGUGUUGGAUCCAUCGUGCUAAAAACAUGGAUGAAAUCAAACCUAGAUUUAGCCUACCUUUGAGAUUGAUUUCGGGAAGCUAGCUUCGCUAAUCUGCUAGACUUUCCGGAGGACUCCCGUUACGACGACUCUGUUUUCCGGAGGGACCUCUCCGGCGAUAGGUUGAUGAUU